AUGUCGGUCUUACGGAACAACUUUGACCCGACGAUACCCAGUUUCUCCGCCGAACGGACUGCUGAGGCCUCUGCUUGGUACGACGCUCAAUUUCCGAACCCGCAUCCUCAUAGCUAUUUGAUCAACAUGCCUCAAGCACAGCCUGAGCUCAAGAAGUACAUGGAGAAGCGGGUGUACUGCCAAAUCAACGGCAACCGCAAGGUGAUCGGUAUUCUUCGUGGCUACGAUGUCUUCAUGAACAUUGUCUUGGACGAGGCAUUCGAAGAGAAGGACGGUGGCGAAAAGGUCCCCAUGGGCAUGUGUUGCAUUCGCGGCAACUCACUCAUCAUGAUCGAGGCCCUUGAGCGCAUUGAUACCAAGUGA